AUGAGUUAUGAAACAAUAUUUUUGGUCCUGAUCCUCGUCGUUUGCGUUAAACAGACUGGCACCGAUCAUUCGUCGUCUUGCUCGUGGCAUUUGCGACCACCAAAAUACGAAUACCACUUGACAAAGGAAUGCACCGUGUCCAAUAUGCGAACGGUCGCAUCGUCGAAUGCGACGAAAUUGGAAUCUUGCGUCCAAUUGGCUGCGACGAAAAACGCUUUUGCACUCACGUACGCCGACUUGGCUGAAGGAACGGUAUCCACAUUGAGUUCCACUUGCAAUGUUUUUGAUUGCCCGGAAUUUCACCCGUUUCUACUCACUGCCAAUGAAUCAGUGUACGACUAUUAUAGCAUGUACUCAAAACCAUUGCCUAGUGAAAACUAUACUUGUGCACCGGGCCUUGGUGUAUUCGAGUUGGUGACGAAUCAUCUGAACUAUUCUAACGCUAUGAUUGCUUGUGAAGAUGCCGGCGGUCAUCUCGCAAAUGUCGUGUCCGAUUCUCGGACUUCAUUUUUGGCCGCGUUGGUGUCGUCGGAUUUGAAAAACAAAACCCUCAACAACCGCAAAGCGUUUGUCGGAUUAUUUUUCGAAAACGAAUUCGUAACUAUCACAGGCGAACCGUUGAGUUGUAUGCCGUUUAGGGCAUGGGCGCCAGGUCAUCCAAAAGCUGGUAGACCGAAGAAAGAGUGCGUGGUUCUCACGGGAAACAGGUACUGGGAAACAGAGGAUUGUGCGAAGAAGUUUCCCUACAUUUGCGAACUCGUGCCAGAUGGCCCGCUGAGCCUUGUGGAACGGUACUGCGCACCGAUAAAAAACACCAAAAAAAAUUGUAUUUUACGUAACCACAAACAAUUUGAACAAAUAGAGCAAACAAAACAACAAUGCAAUGGCAUUAUCAGUACAAACAAAUCUGUGGCCAUAAAUGACAACAAUUAAGUUCUGAAUGACAAUAUUACACAAAAAUGUUAUGUUAACAUUGUACAAGGAUGAAGUAUCAAACUAAAAUUAUUUAGCGAGAAUUAAUAACAAUAUAUUUAUUAAUGUAUACAUU